GCAAUUUCGUGUGACAAUCACGCAGGCGAGCAGUGAUGUGAAAAUUCCAAAGAAGAAAAUGAUAAAAAAUCAAUUCCUUUUAUUAAAUUAGGCCGCAAAAAGAGCAAUUCGUGAAGUUGUGCAGUGCUCGAGUGCGUGACGUGUGGCGGAGACGCGAUCUCCGAUGAGUGAGUGAGAGAAAUUGUGGCUGGAGGAAAGUGUGAACAACAAAUAAAAUGGCUUCGGGAGACAAUGUGAAUUCAAUCGAAGAAAUUGAAAUUCCCACCAUUCAGUCCACGAGUCGCGACUUGGGAGACAAUGACGGUCUGGGCGGCAAAGAGGGCUCCGAUGUGGGCAGUGACACGAUGGUGCGCUCCGCUCGGUCCAGGUACAAGACGGAGAAGGAGCGCAAGAUUGGGCAUCGGCGAGUGGGCGAAGGCGGUGAAAUCACCUACAAGAAGAUCCAAACAUCACAGAUUAUGGGAUCGAUCCAAUUGGGAAUUCAGCACACGGUGGGAAGUUUGGCGUCCAAGCCAAAGAGGGAUCUCCUAAUGAUGGACUUCUGGGAGAUUGAGACGAUAUCCUUCCCACCGGAGGGUUCAAGUAUUACACCAGCACAUCACUAUAGCGAGUUUAGAUUUAAGAUUUAUGCUCCGAUUGCAUUCCGUUACUUUAGAGAUUUGUUUGGUAUCCAACCGGAUGAUUUUAUGAUGUCGAUGUGCUCGCAACCAUUGCGUGAGUUAUCCAAUCCGGGAGCGUCUGGAUCAAUAUUUUACUUAACCGAUGAUGAUGAGUUCAUCAUAAAGACGGUACAACACAAGGAGGGUGAGUUUCUGCAGAAACUCCUGCCCGGCUAUUACAUGAAUCUGAAUCAGAAUCCGCGGACGCUGUUGCCCAAGUUCUUCGGCCUCUACUGCUUUCAGUGCAAUAGCAAGAAUGUGCGCUUAAUUGUGAUGAAUAAUUUGUUGCCGUCGUAUGUGAGGAUGCAUUUAAAGUACGAUCUGAAGGGGUCCACGUACAAGAGGCGAGCCAACAAAGCGGAAAAGGAGAAGAAGUCACCGACAUACAAGGAUCUGGACUUCAUGGAGCACCAUCCGAAUGGCAUCUUCCUCGAGGCGGACACGUACAAUGCGCUGAUAAAAACAAUCCAGCGCGACUGUCGCGUGCUGGAGUCGUUCAAGAUCAUGGACUAUUCACUCUUGGUGGGUGUUCACAAUCUGGACUUGAGUUUGAAGGACAAGCAGGAGGAGAAGAAUGCUCAGCUGCGAGAGAGUGAGGACUUCCAGGCGGACACGUCACUUGACGGGGCGGGGGAUGAGAGAGAUCGGCGGGAGAGGCGAUCCGGGGGCGCCACGGCACUCAAUCGCAGUCGCUCAGUGAAUCGGCAGAGACUUGUGGCGCACUCCACGGCGAUGGAGAGCAUACAAGCGGCCAGUGAGCCAAUUGAUGAUGAGGAUGACGUUCCACCCGGUGGAAUUCCAGCGAGGAGUGAAAAGGGUGAAAGACUCUUGCUGUUUAUUGGCAUCAUAGACAUACUUCAGUCGUAUAGACUCAAGAAAAAGCUGGAACACACGUUCAAAAGUAUUAUUCACGAUGGGGACACAGUAUCUGUUUGUCGGCCGUCGUUCUAUGCUCAAAGAUUUCAAGAUUUCAUGGCAAAAACUGUCUUCAAGAAAAUUCCAUCACUGGACCUUCCUGAGAUUAAAGGGAAUCAUAGAAAAUUUCGUACUUUGGUCACCAGUUAUAUAGCUCUCAAACAUUCGCCGUCGAAGCGAAAAAGUAUUUCGAAGAUGAUGGCAAAGGCAUCAACUAAUGAUAUUGAAUUUCAAGCAUUCCCAGGGGAGACCAACCAUCCCCAAUUUACCAAUAGUACUAGCAAUUCAGCAACCAAUCCGGUGAAUUCAAUAAUGAAGAAUACUCCACAUAAGAAUAAGACUUCGACACUUCCGUCUGUUGCGAGUAAUAAUCAAAAUGUGGCGGCGAAUGUGCAGCAGCCGCCACUGAAGCAAAGCAAGUCAAAGAUUCAAAAGUCCAAAGUCCCACCGCCCGUUCCGCCACGAAAGUCGCCAAAUAACCGUAAACUCGUGGACUCUAAUCGCGGGAAUCCUGCCAGUGAUGAUUUCUUGGAUCACUCAUCAACAGGAACGGCGCCGUCUGGAUGCUCAACGCCGCCGCCGCCGUUCGAUGACAUCUCCGAGUAUAGUUCUAGUCUGGCCAAGCAUCACUCGUCGCCAGGAGCAGCUGCGGGCAGCAACAAGACGAUGGCUUCCACGUCGUACGAAGAGGAUGUUGUGAGCAUUUCAGAGAUUCGCGUGCACAGUCACCUGGGCAUGGACAUCUCGUCGGGGAGCAGCCACUACGGCUCCAAGGGUGGCUUGGCGUGGACGUCUGGCGAGGGCUCGACGCCCACGUGGACCGAGGGCACGCCCAGCUACACGGAGUCCAGCUCCAGCGGCGAAUUGUGCCACAGUAGCAAUAGAUAAUUUGUGGGUGGCGACGCCAAAAAUCACCGGGUGGGUAGUCAAAUCAAUCACAUUGGGAGAGAGGAGCGCAGAGUGGAUUUCAAAUCAAUAUAAGUAAACUGCAUUGCAUAAAUUAUAUAAACUAAAGGAUAGGGCGAAUGACGAAUGUAUAACCAACUCUUCUUCUUUGUGAAAUACAGCAAAUAAGCAUUGUUGCUAGAGUA